AUGGCGCUGCUGGCGUUCCACCUCACCGGCGUUGGAGCCUUGGUGCCACCGGCAUACUGCACGAGGGUAUGCGGAGGAGUGAAGAUCCCUUACCCGUUCGGCAUCGACAUUGAGGAUGGGUGCCAACUUAACGAGACCCAGUACCGGCAAGGGUUCAAGCUGGCCUGCCGAGACUUCAACGGGGGCCGCGGCAAGAGGCUAUACUACUACAACAACGAGUUGCUCGACAUCUCGCUGGAGAAUGGCCAGGUCCGGUGGCUGAAUAACAUCUCCUCCUACUGCUACGAUACCACCACCGGGGGUAUGGAGGUCAAGAGCCCGCCCGCGCACCUGGACUUGAAUGGCGCAAUCUUCAGGCUCUCCUACACCGCCAACAAGUUCACCGUCAUCGGCUGCAACACACUCGCAUACGUCGGCGAGACGGCCAACGUUAGCUCCUACACGGCCGUGUGCGGGGCGUCAUGCAAGAGCAGCAACCUUCCUUCGCUGGCCACCGGCGCCUGCGAGGGGAUAGGUUGCUGCCAGACGGCGAUCCCCAAGGGGCAGGAGAACUACCAUGUUUGGUUUGACCAGAACUUUACCAAGGAGCCGGAGAAGGGCAUCACCAACUGUAGCUACGCAGCCCUGGUGGAGGAGUCCAACUUCACCUUCUCGGCGAGCUACCUAACUUCGCCGGCGUUCAUGGACACCUACGGUGGGCAGGCGCCUCUUGUGCUGGAUUGGGCUGUUGGUACCAUGGCCGGGGAGACGUGCGAGAAAGCCCGCGCGAAGCCUGAGUCGUACGGUUGUGUUAGCGACAACAGCGAGUGCGUCGACUCGCCCAUAUUUGGAGGUGGCUACUUCUGCAACUGCUCCCAAGGAUACAAGGGAAAUCCAUACCUUCAGUUUCAAGGCGGAUGCCAAGAUGUUGACGAGUGUAUUAAUAUAGAAAAUUGUAAUGGGACCUGCCACAAUACCAAUGGAGGCUUCGAAUGCAUCCAUACCAAACGAAAAGCUCCCAUUAAUACAGAUGAAAAUGCAAGGGACAAGACAAUGAUUUUCUCCUUGGUAGAGUUUGAGAAGGCAACAAACAACUUUGAAGAAACUCGUAUUGUAGGACGUGGAGGACACGGGAUGGUAUACAUAGGCAUCUUAUCUGACCAGCGUGUGGUGACUAUCAAAAAGGCAAAACUUGUUGAGGAAACUGAGAUCAGUGAGUUUAUUAAUGAGGUUGUAAUCCUCUCCCAGAUAAAUCAUCGACAUAUUGUGAAGCUGUACGGAUGUUGUCUUGAAACAGAGGUGCCGCUCUUAGUAUCUGAUUUCAUCCCUAAUGGCUCUUUAUUUGAGGUUUUGCAUGCUGAGUCGGUUACUCCACUGCCUUUAUCUUGGGAUGAUUGUUUGAGGAUUGCUCUAGAAGCUGCGGGAGCUCUAUGUUAUCUACAUACAUCUGCUUCCAUAUCGGUUUUUCAUCGCGAUGUGAAGUCAUCUAAUAUAUUGUUAGAUGGAAAUUACACUGCUAAGGUUUCAGAUUUCGGUGCCUCGAGAGCCGUUCCUAUUCACCAAACUCAUGUGACUACAAAUAUACAAGGAACAUAUGGAUACUUGGAUCCAGAGUAUUAUCAAACUGGGAAACUGAACGAGAAAAGUGAUGUGUAUAGUUUUGGAGUGGUACUCGUAGAGUUGCUUACCAGAAAGAAGCCUAUUCUAACAACAACCGGUGCAGAUGGAGAAUCUCAUCAAAACCUGUCCAUCUACUUCAUUUCGGAGAUAAAAAUGAGGCCAGUGAGAGAGGUGGUGGCUCCUCAAGUUCUGGAAGAAGCAAAUGAGGAUGAAAUUAAUACCGUUGCCUCUCUUGCCGAGAUGUGUUUGCGUCUCAAGGACGAAGAAAGGCCUACAAUGAAGCAAGUGGAGAGUACAUUACAUUCUCUGCGAACAAAAAGGUUAACCUCCAGUCAGUCAUCUGUCAGUGGUUAUCAACCUUUGGCCACUCAUACGGUCGACAAAGAUGACUCCAAACGAAGUCUUUUCUUCUUCCCCUUCCUCUUCCUCCUUGCCGAGGGCGACGAGGAUGACCUGGUCGAAGAGAACGAGAAGUCGGCGGUGCGAGCAAGGAGGGCGUGGCGGAAACGGGUGCGGUCGAAGAAGCCGAGGAAUGACGAAGAGUGGCUUGCGCGGAAGGCAGAGGAUGGACGGGAAGGAGCCGGCCGCCGGAGCCUGAGCUGA